AUGAUGGCCCCGACCGCGACGCAGUCGCUCCAGGAAAAGCAACGAGAAAACCUGCUGCGCAUGUUGGAUUUCAACUCAGAGAGCGCUGGCGGCUUUGCGGAUACCGCGUUAGACUCUGCUGAUCGCUGGGGCGACCAGUGGAAGGUCCUGAUCUACGACAAGUUCUGUCGCGACAUCAUCUCACCCGUUCUCAAGCUGCAUGAGCUCCGCAAAAAGGGUGUGACGCUGCACAUGUUGCUGGACACGGAGCGCGACGCGAUUCCUGAUGUCCCUGUUAUCUACUUUGUCGAGCCUACGCUCGAGAACUUGAAACGGAUUGUUGCGGACUGUUCCAAGGAAUUGUACAGCGCAGCCCACUUGAACUUUGCCCACCCUUUGACUCGCGAAUCGAUGGAGUAUCUAGCGCGCGCUUCAGUCGAAGCGGGAUGCACGAGCAUGAUUGCCAAGGUGUAUGACCAGUACACGAACUUCGUGUCACUGGAACCGAGUCUCUUCUCCUUGAACCUCGCCAACAGCUACCGAGCGUACAACGACCCAAGUGUGGCAGAUGUGCAGAUCGAGGAGACGAUGAGCGCCGUUGUCAAAGGGCUCUUUUCCGUCCUCGCCACCGCCGGAAGAGUACCAGUCAUUCGUUGUCGAGAUAAUGAUGGACCGUCGAGGCUAGUGGCAGAGCAACUUAGCGCUACUAUUCGCGAGCACUUGAAUGCGCGGAAUGGCGUGUUUACUGAAAACACAUCCAGCUUUCAGCGCCCGUUGCUGAUCAUUAUGGAUCGUAAUGAGGAUAUCGCUUCUAGCUUGUACCAUCCGUCAACGUAUCAGGCGCUAGUCGAUGACGUUUUGUCCAUCCAGUUGAACCGCGUAAAGGUGUCUGUGAAGACUUCUGGUGGGAAAGACGGUGGCGAUGACAGCUUGUUGGUAGAGCGCACGUACGACUUGGACGUGACGAGUGACAGGUUUUUCGAAACACAUGCUGGCAGUCUGUUUCCUGACGCGAUUGACGCUAAUGAAGAGGAAAUGAAGCAAGUCACGCGUAAGGAAGAGCAGAUUCGAGCUCAAACAGGGGGAGGCGAUGCGCUGAUGAAUGGCACAAAAGAUCUCGUGGCUGCCGUUGACACUCUACCGGCGCUCAUGGAAAAGAAAAAGGUGCUGGAAGCUCAUACAAACAUCUUUCACGCCGCGUUCGAGGGCGUGACGAAGCGCCACAUUCCGUCUUACUCCAUGCUGGAGCAAAGGCUUAUCGAUGGCUCGCAUGUUGACAAGACUGAGAUACUGCAACUACUAUCGAGCACGGAGAUGGGCACCUUGGCAGACAAAAUGCGGCUGUUGAUGAUCUACUUCUUGGCGAGUGUGUGCUGCAGCAUCAGAACAGCCGGAGGCAUACAUGCAGGCAUGGAAGUUUCUCCGCAAGCACUCGGCGUUUCAGCGAUGUGCCAGUGA